AUGACGGACAAUAAACCUUCUGUUACGCUAGGGAAGAGACCUUCAAACUGGGUGCCUCUCUUGGAUGAACCCCUGCGUCAAGAACGCAAGCUUCGUGUUGUAUGCGUUGGCGGCGGUUGGUCUGGAAUGACCUUGGCCCACAAACUCACGCACGAACUCAAGUGGGAUUAUUUCAUUGACCUCCAGAUUUACGAGAAAAACCCUGACCUUGGCGGUACAUGGUAUGAGAACCGAUACCCCGGAGCGGCAUGUGACUCUAAUCCAGAUUGGACCACUUUUUACGCCGACAGCCCUGAAAUCUGGCAGUACAUGAAAGAUACUGCUAAGAAAUGGGACCUCGAGGGCCACAUGUUUGGUAAAUGGCGACUCAAAGUUGACCAUCACGGCGAGGUCAUCCAGGACGAGUGCGACGUUCUCAUUAAUGCAACUGGAUUCCUACACAAGUGGUCUUGGCCCAAUAUUCAAGGUCUACACAACUUCAAAGGCAAGCUAGUUCAUACUGCGGCUUGGGAUCAAUCACUAGAUUGGAGUGGCCAGAGAAUAGUCCUAAUUGGUAACGGAUCAUCUGCCAUCCAAGUCUUGCCACAGGUCCAGAAGACCGCCAAGAAGGUCGUCACAUACGUCCGCAGCCCUACCUGGAUUGCCGCAAAUUUCUUAAAUCAGUUUUCUGAAGAUGGCAGCAAAGUCUUUACUGAAGAACAAAGAAAGGAGUUUAGAGAGAAUCCCGAGAGGCUAUACCAACUACGCAAGAAGUUGGAGCAUGGAUUUAAUGAGCUCUUCAAGGCCAUGGUCAUUAUGCGCCAACGCCUCCGCCGAAACUCUGAGUUGAUCAAUCGUCUGGUCCCUAGAUUCACUGCGGGCUGCCGUCGCCUGACGCCCGGUGAUGGUUAUCUGGAAGCUUUGCAAGAGGACAACGUCAAGACCACUUGGAGUUCCAUAAUCGGAGUAACAGAGAAGGGCAUGCUGACGGCUGACGGUGAAGAAGAAGUCGACAUUAUAGUCACUGCUACUGGCUUUGAUGUGAGCUACAAACCUAACUGGAACCUUGUCGGGCGCAAUGGCGCUACACUGAAUGAACUCUGGGCGAAGGAUCUUCUGAGCUAUCUUGGUAUUGCCGCUCCAGAGCACCCCAGCUACUUCAUCUUUGCGGGCCCCAACACGCCCGUUGCGCACGGCUUAUUCUCUGGCUCUUGUGAUGCCAUGGCCACUUAUGUCUUGAAGUGGUGCCGCAAGAUUGCGUCAGAGGACAUUAAAUCUAUAUGUGUAUUGCCAGAUGUGAUAGACGACUUGGACGUGUGGUCCCAAGAGAUGCUAUCUCAUACCGUGUGGGCUGCUCCAUGCCGUAGCUGGUAUAAGAAUGGCAGAACCGAUGGCCGCAUUACUGCUCCACAUGCUGGUAGUGUCAUUCACUACAGAGAACUACUGGAGGACAUUCGGGGAGAGGAUUUCAAGAUCGAAUACCGUUCGACAAACAGGUUCCGCUUCCUUGGGAACGGAUUCACAAAGAGAGAUAUUAAUGGAGAGGACCUCGGCUACUAUCUAAAUGCGCCGGCUGUCAAAGACGCAUAA